AUAUUUAAAAUUUAAUCGUCUGUUGAAAUUCGUGCAACAGGUAACACCACCCCUGGACGUCGAAACGCUAUCUCAAACACUCAAAGAGAAGAAUAUCCUACCGUCAAAUUUGAAAUUUGGUUUCCUUGGUUUGGGAAUAAUGGGCAGCGGCAUCGUAAAAAAUUUGAUCAACAGUGGACAUAGCGUGAUUGUGUGGAAUCGAACGCAAGAGAAGUGUGCGGAUUUUGUAAAGGCUGGUGCAGAGCAGGGAUUAACACCUUCGGACGUCGUACUGGCAGCCGACAUUACGUUUUCCUGCGUGGCUGAUCCCCAAGCAGCAAAGCACAUGGUAUUUGGUAACUGUGGCGUAUUGAUGGAGAUAUCUUCUGACAAGGGUUACGUAGAAAUGACAGGAAUAGACGCGGAAACGUCGCAGGACAUCGCCGAGGCGAUUAACGGUAAAGGUGGUCGUUACCUUGAAGCACAAGUCCAAGGUAGCAAGACUCAAGCUCAAGAAGGAACAUUGGUCAUUCUUGCGGCUGGAAAUCGUACGCUAUUUGAUGAUUGCCAAUCGUGUUUCGAGGCAAUGGGUAAAAACAGUUUCUACCUUGGCGUAGUUGGCAACGCUUCCAAGAUGAAUCUCGUGUUACAAUUGAUGGCUGGCGUUACAUUGGCUGGCCUUGCCGAAAGUAUGGCCCUCGCUGAUCGAGCGGGACUUCAACAGAAGGAUGUUCUUGAAGUUUUAGAAUUGACCUCUUUAGCUUGUCCAGCAAUUAUCGAUAAAGGAAAAGCUAUUAUCGAGGGUGGUUUCCCGACGCAAUUACCGCUCCAACACAUGCAGAAAGAUCUUAGACUGUCUUUAGAAAUGAGUGAUCAAUUAGAACAACCUUUGCCGUUGGCUGCAGCGGCGAAUGAAGUUUACAAGCAUGCAAAACGUGUUGGUUACGGGGAGCAUGAUGCAUCAGCUGUAUACAUUCGAGCCAGGUUUUAAUGAAGGAAGAACAUCGUCGGGCUUUUGCUAAGAUCAUAUUUAUUGCAAUACCUAACGUUGUUUCCCAGCGCUAAAAUACAUAGACGGAAAGAGAGAGAGAGAGAGAAAGUGAUAGAUGAAAUAGUUAAAAUGCGUCAACUUGUCGCGAAAAUCAUUGGUAAUGUCCACAUAUCUGACAAUGAAUGAAUGAAUUAAAGAAAGAGAUCAAGCAAACAAGAUAAAGAGAGAGAGAGAGACACAACGAAGUAAGUGAAAAUAAAAGAAGACGAAUAAAUGAAGCGCAUCAUCUUUAUGCACGUCAAAAACAAAUGAAAACAACAACACCACCCAAAAUAUGUCCGAUUAAAAUAAUAUCUCUGUUACGGAAUAUUAUUAUAAAUAUAAUAAAAUCAUACUUUUGUUGAGGAAGAAAAUAAGACCGACCCAUUUAUCGUGGAAUAAUAAUGUAUUAUUAACAUUUUUCGCUAAAUCCAAUCACAUCAAAGUAAGAGUUUGAAAGAAUUAUUUAUAAAACAAACUAAGAAUAAAAAUAUCAUUGACCAGAAUGAUGAUGAUGGACUAUUAUUAUAUUAUUAUAAUAAAAUCAGAGAGUCAGAUGUAGAGAAAGAAAUAUACGAAUUAAGGAAACAAACAAAAACAAAGACAGAAAUACAAAAAAACAUCAGAGAAAUGUGUUAAAACAAUCGAAUAUAACAACGGUGGAUGAUGGAUUUCUUUUUAUCUUCGUGGUCGAGAUUCAAAUCUACACAUACGUAUACGUAGGCGUGCAUAUAUAUAUAUAUAUAUACACACACAUAUACAAAUAUACACAUAUGCGAUUGUCAUACAUUUAUUACACAGAGAGGAAGGUGCAAUUAUCGGCGUAAAUAUUAAGAGUUGUAGGAGGAGGUGGAAGUGAUAAGGGGGUGAAGAUAUAACAAAUGGUGAUAUAUAAAUGUGUGUAUAAUUGUACCAUGGUUUUUUUUUUUUUUUUUUUACUAUCGUUCGAUAGUAAAAAUGUCACGUGACAUUGGUGGUCUCUUACACGACGCGCGGUAGUAACGCGAACAAAAAAAGAAAAGAAAAGAAAAGAAAAAGGAGCGUAUAGAAAUUCGUUCUUUCGUGAGGAAGAAGAUAAAGAGGAGGAGGAGGAGGAGGAGGAGGGGGUGGGAUAAAAAAAAAGAAGAACAAAAGAAAAAUACGAUGCACAAGAGAGACGACGCGAGUCGAUGGUUAAUUUCUCUCGAGUCGCGUCCAACAAAAAAAUAACUUAAAACCUUUCUAUUGUUUACCAUGAAAAACUUACAAAAUUAUACUCUACAUGUGUAUAUUGAUGAACUAUAAUAAUAGAACGUCGAAUCUAAGUUAAGAGACUCCGGGACGCGUCGAAAAUGUGCCUUACGAUGCUACACGACGCAACAAACCAUUUCCUUAGACAAGAAGAGAGAAAGAGUGAGAGAAAAGAAAAGAAAAGAAAAAAAAAAAGGAUAAAAUAAUAAAAAAGAAAAGAAAAAAAAGAAAAAAAAAAAGAAAAGAAAAAUGGCGUUCAUUUAUUAUUAAUUAAUUUUUUGAAAGAGUUGUUCAGCUUGCGCGUUUCGAGAGCAUCAACGAUCGACACCGCGCGAAAGAAAAUUUGCGUCUUACGUUUCACUAUUACGUAGACACAACAUGUUAUAAUACGUAUUAAAGGAAGAAACAAUUAAAGAAAAUGAACAAGCCGAUGACUAUGACGAUGACGAUGACGAUGACCAACGACGACGACAGCGACAACAAUGAUGACGAUAAUGAUGACAAUGACGAUGAUUAUAAUAUAUAUAUAUGUAUAGAUAUAUAUCAAUGAAAGAAUGAAUUCUGUCGCUUCGUAAAAAAAAGGUUUUUCUUAUUUGGAGAUGUGUGUCUGUCGCAUGUGCAUAUAAAAAUGAUAAUAAAAUAAUAAAAGAAAAA